GUGGUCACGAUAAUCAAUGUGAUGUUUACAUUACACACUAUUUCUGUUCUCAAUGGUCUCCUUCCCCCUACUACCCCUCACGUUCACACAUACAUCGGUGAUGACCACCCCUCCCAGCUGCCGCUGGACUUGCCAUCUGUUGGCCUCGAACUGGAGAGCGGCGAGGGUCACUUUUCAUUAUACGAUGAUAAUGAAUGGGGCACGCUGUUCCCUUCAGACGGAUUUGUCGCCCUGGGCCCAAAUAACCGCACCUUCCUAGUCUCCCUUUACCAUCAAUUUCACUGCCUAGACAUCAUCCGCGUCGGCUAUGUGGUGAAUCGCACGCAUGCUGCAGAGCACAUCCAGCACUGCUUGCGAUAUCUGCGGCAGGCGUUGCUUUGUAAUGCUGAUACCACGCUGGAAGUGGAUAUUCCGCAGAUAUCUCAAGACGAUGGGAAGUUGUAUCACACUGCGAAUGGUGUGGGUUCGGUGCACAGGUGCAAGGAUUGGACGAUACUGCGGCAGUACAUGCUGGAUCACCCAAGUACACCGUUCGAAUAA